CUCUCUUCUCUUUUGUCUCCGCUUUGGCUCCCACAAAAUAACUUUAUUUUUCACACUUUACUUUUCGCCGCCCUCCCCCUAUCCCACGCACAAUGAGCACGUUCGGCAAGGCAUUCCGCGUAACAACGUACGGCGAGUCGCACUGCAAGUCGGUCGGCUGCAUCAUCGACGGCGUGCCGCCCGGGCUGGCGCUCAGCGAAGCCGACAUCCAAGUGCAGCUCACGCGGCGGCGGCCCGGCCAGAGCGCAAUCACCACGCCGCGCAACGAGAAGGACCGCGUCACCAUCCAGUCCGGAUGCGAGUUUGGGUACACCCUGGGCACCCCGAUCUGCCUGACGGUGGCCAACCAGGACCAGCGGCCACGCGACUACACCGAGACCGACUUCUACCCGCGCCCGUCGCACGCCGACUACACGUACCUGCAGAAGUACGGCGUCAAGGCGUCCUCCGGCGGCGGCCGCUCGUCGGCGCGCGAGACCGUCGCACGCGUCGCUGCCGGCGCCGUGGCAGAGAAGUAUUUGGGCGAGGCGUAUGGCGUCGAGAUCGUCGCCUUUGUCACCAGCGUCGGCCCUAUUGAGAUGCCGCAGGUUGCGCGGGGCAUGGGCAACGAGGACUUCCAGGCGCUGCUGGCCGGGAUUACGCGCGCGCAGGUCGACGCCAACGCCGUGCGCUGCCCGGACGAGGCGGCCGCGCGCCAGAUGGAGGACGAGAUCCUGACUGCAGCCGUGAGCACAACUCCACCGGAGGCACCGUCACCCAUGUUUCGACAAGCUGGAGGCCGCCUGGCCCACGCAAUGAUGUCGAUCCCGGCAACAAAGGGAUUCGAGGUUGGGUCGGGCUUUGCCGGCGCGCGUGUCCGCGGCGACGCGCACAACGACGCGUUCGAGGCCGACGGCAAGGGCGGGCUGCGCACGCGCACCAACCACUCUGGCGGCAUCCAGGGAGGCAUCUCCAACGGCCAGAACAUCUACUUCCGCGUGGCGUUCAAGCCUGCUGCCACCAUUUCGCAGGACCAGCGCACGGCCACGUAUGAUGGCCGUGAUGGUGUGCUGGCUGCGAGAGGCCGCCAUGACCCCUGUGUUGUGUCCAGGGCCGUGCCGAUCGUUGAGACGAUGGCUGCUGUUGUGCUGAUGGACGCUGUCCUGAAGGGCAUCAAGCCGGUGUGA